UGUCUGCUCGCUCUGGUCAAAAAUAGACCUCGCUGUGAAAACUCCGUCCCCUCCUGCCUGCUUCCUCAGUCCCGCGUUUCGGUCGCUACAGUGGUUUGGUCGACAUGAAUUCCGCCGCAGCCGACAGCUUCAGACGCUUCUGCCCGCAGAGUGAUUUUCCGCCGCGGAGGAAACAACAAGUGAGCUAGCUAGCUGCUCCUCCGCUAACCGUCGCAGCUCCAGCCGUCGUCCUCUCCUCCUCUCCCGGUACCUGUCACACCGAUUAGCCGCCUCGGGCUCCCCGGCAGGUGGACACUGAUACAAACCCACCUUCUCCGCAGCAAACUAGCAAGCAAAGCUACAGUUUUUUGUUGUUUUUUUUGUUUUGUUUUUUGCGGUGAAGCGGACACCAGUCUCGAUUGGAUAAGCUACAACUAGAUUUUUUUUUUUAUAAACCAUGGCUAUGGCCUGUAGUUUCCUAAACACGGAUGAGGCGUCUCCGGCAGCUCUGACGGACCUGUGCCUCACCUAUGUGAGCCAGAACCUGGAUUGUUUCUGCGUGAAGCGUCCUGACGGAUCUCUGUGCUUCAGGGAGGCUGUGCUCUUCCCGCAGGAGUUAGCGGACCAGCUGCUGGCCAAGAUGGCCACUGAAGGUCUGCUGAACGACAGCACAGCGGGUGUGUUUCGGAACUGUGAAUACCUCCGGCUGAGGCGAGCCUGCAUCCGUACAGCGCGGAUCUCUGCAGAGGCCUUCCAGAAAGCGCUAUGCCCUCACAGACUGCUGGAGCUGGAUGCUGCCAGGGUCAACGCAGACCUGACCAUUCCUGACAUUCUACAGGGACUGGCCACCAAUAAAUACUGCCAGGAGUCCCUCCAGCGACUUGUCUUAACGGGUCUCACCAUGUCGUCGCUGGAGGAACCGAUCUGGUAUCGCUUCAGCUCCCUGCAGGGCCUGCGCUCCCUCUCGCUAGCUAACGUGGACUUCUAUGACUCUGGGCUAGUUGAUGUGUGUUCCCUGCCUCGGCUGGAGAGCCUCGAUCUCUCCAACACAUCGGUCACAAACCUGAGCCCGCUGCUGGGCCUGAAGGAGCGUUUGCGUUCGCUAACGCUGCACCAGCUCAAAAGGCUGGAGAUGAGCACUGCUCAGCUGCUGGGGGUCAUAGGCCAGCUGGAUGUACUACAGCACCUGGACAUCAGUGAUGAUAAGCAGUUUACCUCCGACGUUGCUCGUCAACUGCUCGGACAGCCGGGGAUCCUGCCCGCUCUUGUUUCUCUGGAUGUAUCGGGACGGAAACAGGUGACAGAUGCAGCAGUUAAGGCUUUUGUUGAGGAGAGACCGGGGAUGACCUUUGUGGGACUUCUUGCCACAGAUGCGGGUUUUUCUGACUUUCUCUCAGGAGAGGGAAAUCUAAAGGUAACAGGGGAAGCUAACGAGACGCAGAUCUGUGAGGCUCUGCGGCGCUACAGCGAGAGGGAAGGUUUUGUGAGAGAGGCUCUGUUUCAUCUGUUCAGCCUGACACAUGUCAUGGAGAAGCCAAGGCCUGACAUCCUGAAGCUGGUAGUUUUGGGUAUGAAGAAUCACCCGGCCACUCUAAAUGUCCAGCUGGCAGCCAGCGCAUGUGUGUUCAACCUGACGAAGCAGGACCUGGCAGCAGGGAUGCCAGUCCGACUAUUGAGUACAGUCACUCAGCUUCUACUCGAGGCCAUGAGGACUUUUCCCAACCACCAACAGCUGCAGAAGAACUGCCUGCUGUCUCUGUGCAGUGAUCGCAUUUUGCAAGAGGUUCCAUUCAACAGGUUUGAAGCUGCCAAACUAGUGAUGCAGUGGCUCUGCAACCAUGAAGAUCAGAACAUGCAGAGGAUGGCUGUGGCUAUUAUUUCCAUACUGGCUGCUAAGUUGUCCACAGAGCAGACGGCCCAGCUGGGGGCGGAGCUGUUCAUAGUGAAGCAACUGCUCCACAUCGUGCGUCAGAAGGCCACUCAGGGAGUGGUGGACGCCACCCUCAAAUUUACACUGAGUGCACUCUGGAACCUCACGGAUGAAUCACCGACAACCUGCCGCCAUUUUAUCGAGAACCAGGGCCUGGACCUGUUCAUUAAAGUUCUAGAGUCGUUCCCCAGCGAAUCUUCCAUUCAGCAGAAGGUUCUCGGUCUUCUGAACAACAUAGCCGAGGUUGGGGAGCUGCACGGGGAGCUGAUGGUGCAGGGCUUUCUGGACCACAUCAGCACUCUGCUGCACAGCCCCGAGGUGGAAGUCAGCUACUUCGCUGCCGGCAUCCUUGCACAUCUGACGUCACGAGGAGAGGAGGCGUGGACGCUCAGCCCUAGUCUCCGGUCGUCACUACUUGAACAGCUGCAUGCUGUCAUUAUGAAGUGGCCCCCGCCUGAGUGUGAAAUGGUGGCCUACAGGUCAUUUAACCCCUUCUUUCCCUUACUGGAGUGCUUUCACACCCCUGGCGUCCAGCUGUGGGCAGCCUGGGCCAUGCAACAUGUCUGCAGCAAAAACGCUUCUCGCUACUGCAGCAUGUUGUUGGAGGAGGGCGGCCUGCAGCAGCUGGAGCACGUUCAUACUCACCCACAGACCCACCAAGACGUCAAACUGCUGGCUGAGAGCAUUCUGGACAGUCUGCAGCGGCACAGAGCCCGAACCGGCCAGCCGGCACCCACAAACACAAGUCGCCGCCCGCCACCGCAGUAACCUCACAGAGAAAACGAGGCUCACUGAUCAAGAAGAGGACAUAAAGCUGGUUCCCAUCGUGGGCGAGGUGGAGUGGGAGGAAGUUGUAUGUGUGUGUGUGUGUGUGUGAGUGCACAAACGCACAAGAAUCCCUAGAAAGUAAACAGAGAAAAGGACAGAGACAAUGCACUUCUUUGCACACACUAACCUUAUUUAUUUUCUUUGUGUUUGUUUCAAAACAAAAAAUAUUUCUCCGUGUUCUAAUUCUAUAUAUAUAUAUAUAUAUAGAAAAUUUGAUUCCGACAAGCUGUUGGUCAGUUCAGCUCAAAUCUUGACGUGAAGUUUGUGUUUGUGCUCGCCAAUUCUAGCUUUGGCAUCAAGAUGAUUUUCGUACCAAAAACAUGCCAGCGCACAAUUACAAAUCUCCAUUUGGGAUUGAACCUCCAACAGCUCGGCUCUAGCGAGGGUCAAACACCCCCGCGGCCCUCGUAUGUCGAGUGCUCAUUAAAAUAUACGCAUGACGCUGCCGUGAGCUCAAGCAUGCUGGAGUUUGUCUGAAUGCUUGUACUGUUCAUUUUAGGAAUGCCUGCUUGUUUGUUUAUAGCAGCGCUCUGUUACUGAAACCCACGCCUCUGGGUCUGCAAUACUACUGUUGCUCCCCUCUUCGUUCAGUCUUUUAUCAGCUACUGCCUUUGAUUUUGAUGUGACAAGACACUUGCCAAGGGUGUGUUCAGUGGGUUCAAAUGUUCCAAACGUUACAGAUAAAAAAAUUCUAAACAAGCUGCAUCACUUUGAGAAUCUCCAGUGAAAUCAUGUUUCUUAAUAUUGAGAUAAAUCAUCAGUGGCUAAACCUGCAGUGCAGAAAACUCACGAUAAGUUGAGUCGGUUACGCCUGGUCUAAGAGCAAACGUACUUUUCUGGACACGAGUUUCAACAAUGUUCAGCAUAGUCACGAUAGAUGUACAUUUGUAUUGAGUCCCAUCUGUUUUCUCUCUGAGAAACUUGUGUAUAUAUCGGUAUGUUUGCAUCCCAACACGUCCAGGUGUCUUAAAGACAGAGGUGGCACUUCGGUGUGAGCAUGUGUGUAUGUACGUCUGUACAAGUAGCUGCAUCUUAAAGACUGUAUGUAAUUUUGUACAUAAUAGAAAAAGAGGGAGAAAUAGUAAAUGUUCAGGACCGGUCGAAUUGGUUGCAUGGAAAUGAUUCUAUUGUACGUUCCAUUGUUUUGUUUUGUUUUUCAUUUUGUCUGAUUAAGAAUUAUGAUUAAGAACAAAGGAAGCAGAGAAGAAUCCUUUUACACAGAGAGCAAGUAGAAGCAUUUAAAAUAUUUAAGGGUAUUUCUCUGUGUCUGAAAUGACGGACCAUCCCACAUGAUGCCAUUUUAGCAGUUCUGCUCUCCAGAGAAACCACCAACCCGGCAGCCACAUGUUCCUGGUUUAGCUCUUAAGGCCCGUCAAUAUUUUCUAUGCAAUCAAGACCAACUUCACUUUUACAAACUUCUGUCAAACCCCUCAUACUUAUAUUUGAGGUAUAACAGUAAUGACAGGUCUCCAGAUUUGAACAGAUAAUUAUAUGGUGAUGGAAAUAAAGUUAUUACAUUGGGCUACAAAAUGGUACUCAAACAAAAGCAUACAUACUUCACCUCAUGUGUUAAAUCAUUUAUGGCCUUAUUGUUUUCUAUACAUCAGUUAUUGCGGAUGGGGAGCUUGAUAAUUACGCAUGUUUACCAGAAUGACAAAGAGAAGUGGAUGACAGAACUUUUGUGUUUUUUUUGUUAUAUCUGUCACCCCUUAUAACUUGGAUUGUUUAGUCGAGCCCCUGAACACCGCCCUGGAAAAAGGCCAGUUUGAUUUUUAAAAAAAUGUUUUCCACAAGAAUUGAAUUCAAAUGGCGGACGGAAGAAGUCGAGAUGCUGUACGUCUGCCAUGACUGUGCCAUGUUGCUGCUCAGAGUUGCAUUUUCAAGUUUGGAAAUAAAGAAUGUACAUUGCCAUAAACUGGA